ACGUCAUCGCGCCGCGGUGGGCGGAGCCUGGGCGGGAACCGAAAGGGAAAGUGGGGAGAGAACCCGAGACCCCCGCCCGCCAUGGGGACCCUGCGCUGGCUGGAGGGGGAGGGGCUGGACACGCUGGACCUGCUGGUGCCCGCCUGGGAGCGCCCAGGUGCCGAGGAGGAGCCCUGGGAAGCGCCCAAGCGCCGGGGGGGCUCGGGGGGCUCCGGGGCAGCGAAGCCCCCAACCCCCGCCAAAGCCAAGAGGAAGGCGCGGGGACCCCCCCCAAAACCCCGCGGGACCCCCAAAAGCCCCUCCCCAAGCUCCCAAGGGGUCCCAGGGGUGCGGGACCCCCAAAAUCCCCUCGGGGAGCCCCCAGAGCCCCCCCCAGCCCCAGCGGAGCGCUUGGGGGUCCAACCCCCCCCCCCUUGGGGACACGGGGGGAGCCCCCCCUGCGACCCCCCCCCAGCCUGGGGCUGCAAACUCCCGCCUUGGGGUCCCCUCAGCGCCCCCCAAAAUCCUCCCCAGGGCCAUCAGAGCUCCCUCAGCGCCCCCCAAAAUCCUCCCCAGAGCCAUCAGAGCCCCCUCAGCGCCCCCCAAAAUCCUCCCCAGAGCCACCUGAGCCCCCUCAGGGACCCCCAAAAUCCCCCCCAGAGCCACUCAGACCCUCCCUGCGACCCCUCCCCAGCCCAGGGGUCCAAACCCUUUCCCUGGGGCCACCAGAGCCCCCUCAGGGACCCGCAAAAUCCCCCCCAGGUCCACCAGAGACCCCUCAGCAGCCCCCAGACCCACCAGAGCCCCCUCAACACCCCCCAAAAUCCCCCUCAGACCCCCCUCAGCAGCCCCCAGACUCACCAAAGCCCCCUCAGCAGCCCCCAGACUCACCAGAGCCCCCUCAAAGCCCCCCAAACUCCCCCCCAGAGCCCCCUCAGCAGCCCCCAGACUCACCAGAGCCCCCUCAACGCCCCCCAAAGUCCCCCUCAGGCCCCCCAGACUCACCAAAGCCCCCUCAACGCCCCCCAAACUCCUCCCCAGAGCCCCCUCAGCAGCCCCCAGACUCACCAAAGCCCCCUCAGCAGCCCCCAGACUCACCAGACCCCUCUCAGCAGCCCCCAGACUCACCAGAGCCCCCUCAGCGCCCCCCAAACUCCCCCCGAGACCCCCCUGAGCAGCCCCCAGACUCACCAGACCCCCCUGAGCAGCCCCCAGACUCACCAGACCCCCCUCAGCAACCCCCAGACUCACCCAAGCCCCCUCAGCGCUCCCCUGGCCCCGCCCCCACCUCCCUCCCCUCACGAUCCUGCGGGGGCGGAGCCGGACGCGCUCGCGCUUUCCCGCCAAUUGCGGGCGCUGCUGCGCACGCGCCCCGCGGGUCUCUCGCUGUUCCAGCUGCGCGCCGCCUACAGCGCCACCUACCGGCGGCCAUUGCCCAUGGGCGGCGCCGCCUCCGCCCGACUGCGCCUGCGCCACCUGCCCGGGGCCCCGCUGCGCAUGCGCGGUUGCGGGGUGCAGAUGCGCGUGUUGCCGCCCCCUGGCGGCGCGGAGGACCCGGAGGGGUGGGAGGGGGAGGGGACCCCGCGAGCGGCGUCACCGAAUCGCGACAGGACCCCCCCGGCGACCCCCGGCACGGCCAGAGCCGCGGGGGUGUCCCCACCCCCUGUCGCGACCCCCGCGGUGUCCCCGAAGCCCCCCGAGCGCUGCACUCUCCUCUAG